UUACUUUUAAUGUUUGCGACCGUUUCCUCUCAAGUAAUGGCGUCUUUAUAAAGCGUUCGUGUCGCAAACAGCUACUGGACAAAUUCUGCCCCUGAAGUCAUCAUUUCAAAACUUUUCUCUACAGCCAUCAAUCGUUCAUCUGGGAAAGAUGCCGGUUUCUGUAGGACCAUAUGGACAAGCUCAACCGAACUGCUUUGACAGAGUCAAGAUGGGUUUUAUGAUGGGUUUUGCAGUUGGAAUGGCUGCAGGAGCCAUGUUCGGGACGUUCUCCUGUCUAAGACUUGGCAUGAGAGGUCGAGAGCUCAUGGGUGGAGUGGGAAAGACCAUGAUGCAAAGUGGUGGCACAUUUGGCACCUUCAUGGCCAUUGGAAUGGGCAUUCGCUGCUAAGACUACUGCUGAAUGCUCUGUUCAAUUUUCAGGACAUUUCAUCUGUAUAUCAAUGUCACCUUUAUAAAUUGGGAGUGUAUGAAUAAAACUGAUUUAAAAAUAACCAAGAGAACCUGUUAUAAAACGUGGAAUAUAACCCAGACCGGCACUUUGGAUUGUACUGUACUGUUGACUACACAUGAUUCCAGAAGCCCCAUCUCUUCACUGUCAAAGUACUAUAGCUGUACAGUCAGCCCUUGUUUAAUAUGUUAAGUCAGAAAGAUGUGUAUUGCUCAAUGUAUACAUUGUGAAUGCAACUAAUCUAUAGAUCUCUCCAGAUACUUUGCCUUUAAUGACACAAAAUAUUGUUUUAAAUACUGUUAUGCUGUUUUGUUUGGGGUGGAGGGUUAGAUGGAAUGACGAUUACAUAGAAUUCUGAGCGAGUUCACAGAUAAUGCUUGGAAGCAAACUUUAUUUUAGACUGGCAGUAAGAUUUGAUUACACACUUAAAUCCUAGACUCAUUUGGACAGGGAAAUAAAUGAUUCCCAAACAAGAAAAAUAAAUACUCUUGUUUCCCAA